AUGAACACAGAAAAAAGUAACAAAGGCAAAGUCUUGAAUUUAAACACUUACAAGGAGCACUUUCAGUUUGAGUCUACGCCAACCAAUCACGCUCAAACCUGCUUGGGAAGACCAUUGCCAUAUUUUAGAAUGAAGUGGUCAACGUUGCUGUUUCCCGUCCUGGCUCUUGUGAGUCUUGCUGGGGCUGCGGACUGGAAGCCAGCAGUCUCGAGAAGAGAGUUCACCGCGGGCUACCACGUGACGUAUUUCGACGACUCGCCCGUAGUGCUUAUUAUUGAGGACAGCAGCAUGUACAUGUCGGAAGACAACGCCAAAAACUGGAAUAAGGUGGAUCUGAAAAAUUCCGCUGGACAAGAGGUCAAUCUUACGAGUAUUCACACCGUGGACUAUGCCAAAGAGCUGGGUUUUGCGCUUUCGACCUCCAAAACCCAAUUCUACACCCGCGACCGCGGAAAAACCUGGACACCGUUUGAAGUCGACCACAGUGGCAACCAAUUCAGCUUGGGACAUGUCCAGGUCAACUAUGCCAACCACGACUAUCUCCUUUUCAAUUUUGAGGACUGCUCGGAGGGCGCGCAAUUUCUGUUCGAGUGCAAAAAGACCUGGUAUUUCAGCAACGACGGGCUGAAGACGCCUCCCAAAAAAGUCGACCACGACGGCCUGGACCAUUGUCUUUUCGCCAAGAGCAACAAAGCGUUCACGGCAGGACCGGACGAGAAGAUCUUAUGCUCUAAAGUGGACGGAGACCACACAGGUGCUGACAAAAAAGGCAGCCUUUUGACAACCAACGACUUCUUCAAGACCGUCUCUUCACCGUCGGCAGAGUUCGACAGGAUGAAUCUCGUGAAGAUCCAGGUGGUCCAGUCGUUCAUUGUUGCCACCGUUUCUAUUGACAGGUACACUCCCGACGCCGAGAUCAUUCUAUUUAUUUCCAAGGACGGAGAAACGUUCAGACGGGCCUUUUUCGAGGACCAGCUCAAGUCGUGGAUGUUUAGAAUACUGCCCUCCACGCCGCAGUCGCUCUACAUUGCCAUCCAGGGCCAGCGCCAGGCAAGCAACGCUGCACUGGACGCAGACUUGUACAAGUCGGACUCGUCUGGACUCUUUUUUGACAAGAUCUACGAGAACUUUUUGGCAAACGGGCUGGGAUUGUCGGACAUCACAAUGGUCCAGGAGGUGGAAGGAGUCAUUAUAUUGCUGAACCACGAAAAUGCCAACCAGGAUCACGCUUCUCCGCUGGCCAAGUCCAAAAUCUCGAUAGACGACGGAAAGACAUGGCAUUAUCUCAAAACCGCCGAUGACGACGACUGCAACGGCGAUUCCGAGUGCUCGCUCAAUUUGAUGUGGACCACGAUCAGAAACACAAACGGGAACUUUGUCACCGGCCCCACGCCAGGAAUCAUUGUUGGAAUAGGAAACACCGGAAAGUACCUGACGUCUGACCUAAAGGACCUCAAGACGUACGUUUCCAGAGACAACGGUCUGACGUGGAAGAAAGUCGCCGACACGUCAUCUGUAUUCACGUUUGCCGACCUCGGAAACAUCAUCGUCGCCAUUCCGAUCGACAUGUCGCAUCUGAUGGACGCGCGGAUGGACCCAAACACUCUUCCAAACACGUUCCUGUACUCUCUGGACCAGGGCGACUCGUGGACAGAGGUGGAGUUGGACGACCAUAUACUGCCGCUCGACGUGUUCACGUCUUUGGACGGCAGCACGCAGCAUGUUCUUGUCGCUGGCGAGGACUCCUCGUUUUCCAAGGUCAUUCUGUAUGCCAUAGACUUUACCGGCGCGUUUGAGAGAACGUGUUCUGACGACGAUUUCGAGGACUGGUACGCCAGAAAGCUCCCGGAUAGCGACACUCCAGUCUGCGUGCUGGGCCACAAGGAGAAGUUCAGAAGACGGAAGCAAAAGGCGGACUGUUUCGUGAACCAUCCGUACGAGGACCUGAAAGUUAUCGAGGAGCCUUGCACGUGUACGAUUGACGACACUGAGUGCACUUUUGGAUUCAUUAAAGGCGAGAACGAUGUUUGUGAGCCGGUGGUGGAGGUGUUAGCUGCCAACCAGUGCGCCAACCAGAAGGGCAAGAUCAAAAUCACGACGAGACAGAUGAUUCCGGACGACACGUGCGAUCCAAAGGGCGGCUACGAGGUCCAGAAGGACGACUUUAUUUUUGACUGCGAGAAAGAUCUACAGAACAUGACGGCUCCCGUGAAGGUCACACACAUUCCACUGGGCGAGAGAAUCGCCGAGUAUUUCUAUCUCAACUACGACGCCGACGGGCUUCCGGACGAGACGCUCUUUGUGCUCACCGAGAACAAGGUUCUGUACAUCUCGUUUGACGGCGGCUCCUCGUUCGGCAAGUUUCUCGGCGGCAAGCACAUUGUCACCGGCGUGUACAGCAACCCUUACAAAGCAGACCACGUUUACAUUUUGACCGACGCCGAUACGCUAUUUUUUUCGCCCGACAGAGGCGUUUCCGUCUUUGACCGCACGCUGCCGGUCAGGGGCCGCGAGUUCGACAGGCUCUCGCUCACUUUCAACAAACACAACGCGUCUGAAUUCAUUUUGCGUGCCGAACGGAGCUGUGCGAACCUGUUUUCCAGCAGCUGUGUGGUGGAAACGUACCACACGAAAAACUUCGGCGAGUCGUUCGAGCGUCUGGUGGCCGAUGCCAACACGUGCAACUACGUGGGCUCGCUGUUCGACGACAAGGAGUACGCCGUCAACGAGACGCUGAUAGUGUGCGACCAGUUCACCGAGGACCGCCAGGCUCUGCGACUUAUUUCCAGCGCAGACUAUUUCCAGAAAGAUAGCAAAACGCUGUUCGACAGGAUCAUCGGGUUUGCCCAGACAGGCAAGUUCCUGGUGGUUGCGCGGCUGGACGACGACAACUCGCUGACGGCGUUCGUUUCUGCCGACGGCAAGGUCUUCGCGGAGGCCAAGUUCCCCAAGGACGUCAUGGUCACGCGACAGACAGCGUACACGAUUUUGGACGUGAACUCCGACCAGAUUUUCCUGCACGUGACCACGCACUCGGCGGCGCAGCGCGAGUUUGGUGCGCUUCUGAAGUCGAACUUCAACGGCACGCUGUAUGUUCAGUCGCUGUCGCACGUGAACCGCAACGAGUUUGCGUUUGUGGACUUUGAGAGCGUGCAGAGUUUGGAGGGAAUCGCCACGGUCAACGUCGUGGCCAACUACGACGACGUGGUGCGCAACGGCGACGAAAAGGCCGUCAAGACCAUGAUCACCUACAACGACGGCGCCGAGUGGGACUAUCUGGUUCCGCCGGCUGUGGACUCCGAAGGCAACAAGUACAAGUGCAGCGGCAAUAAGGAGUGCACGCUGAACUUGCACUCAUUUACCGAAAGAAACGACCCGUCCAGAGACACGUACUCGUCGGCCUCGGCCGUGGGGCUGCUGUUUGGAGUUGGAAACGUCGGCACGGCGCUGCUGCCGUACAGCUCGCCGGAAACGGCCACGUUCUUCUCGAACGACGCGGGAGCAACAUGGAAGGAAGUCAAGAAGGGCAAUUAUAUGUGGGAGUUUGGCGACCAGGGCACGAUUCUAGUGCUGGUGAAGCAGGGACUCACAAACUCCGUGUCGUACUCUCUUGACGAAGGCCAAACGUGGCAGGAACACGAGUUUGCAGAGUCUCCAAAAAACGUCUGGGACAUUGCGACGGUUCCCUCCGACACGUCCCGCAAGUUCAUUCUGCUGGCCAAGGACGAUGCCGGCCGCGACGAGGUAUACAGCCUGAACUUUGCCGGUCUCCAGCAGCGACAGUGUGAGCUGGUGGUGAACGACCAGAACGAGCUGGCCGAUUUCAAAGACUACGAGUACUGGUCGCCCAAACACCCGUACCAGUCGGACAACUGUCUGUUUGGCCACGAGGCCCGGUAUCCAAGGCGCAAGGCGUCGCGGCUGGACUGUUUUGUCGGCGCUGCGCCGCUCAACAAGCUGUACAAGAAGACGAAGAACUGCAAGUGCACGCGGCACGACUUUGAGUGCGACUAUAAUUUUGUGCUGGCCGCCGACGGCACGUGCCAGCUGAUCAGGGGCCUCAAGCCCGUGGACCCAACCGAGUACUGUCUGCUGAACCAGGACCAGGUCGAGUACUGGGAGCCGACGGGAUACAGAAAGAUUCCAAUGAGCACCUGCGAGCAAGGACUGGAGCUGGACAAGUGGAUUUCGCAUCCAUGUCCAGGCAAAAAACAGGAGUACAACGACAAGUACGGCGCGGGCCUGCACGGGGCGGGUCUUUUCUGGGUGAUUUUCGCGCCGAUUGCCGCGUUUGUGGGAGCAGCCACCUUCGUCUACGACAGAGGAAUCCGUCGUAACGGAGGCUUCUCGAGAUUCGGAGAGAUCCGUCUUGACGAGGACGAGGAACUGCACCUGAUUGAGGAGACGCCCGUGGACCGUGCUGUGAACAAGGUCGUGAGGAGCGGUCUUGUGUUUGUGAGCGCCGUGGUGGCGUUGCAGCACCGGGUCUCGAGUUUCCUGAAGAACGGUCUCUUUUCGCGGUUCAGAAGGGGCGGCCUCGACAACUACGAGCGGUUUGCGUCGUUCAACGACCGCAUCAUCGACGACGAGGACGAGUCGCUGUUCGACGUGAACGCCAACGACGACGACGCGCGCGAGAUCGACGACUUCCUUGACGAGGACCGGUGA